AUGUCGUUUUUAAGGUAUGUUGUUUCUGUUUCCAUUUCCAAUUCCACAUCAUGCUCUCACUCUCUCCAACAUUUCAAUGAUGAUGUUGUUGAUGUUGUUUCCUUGUUCAAUCGAAUGCUCCGUAACAAACCCACCCCACCUGCCAUUGAAUUUGGCAAGAUAUUAGGUUCUCUUGUCAAAGACAAACUUUACUCUAUUGUUGUUUCCCUUUCUCACCAAAUGGAAUUGACUAGAGUUACUCCUGAUUUUGUAACUUAUAACACUCUCAUGAAUUCUCUCUGUCAUUUGGGUCAUAUUACUUUUUCUUUUUCUAUAUUGGAAAAGAUUCUCAAGAGGGGUUAUCGCCCAAAUGCCAUAACUUUGACUACAAUCAUCAAGGGUCUCUGUCUCAAAGGUCACCUCCAUCAAGCCUUGCAAUUUCAUGACAACGUCCUAGCACAUAGAUAUUAG